UUUUUUUCACCCAGGAUGCAAAAAGAGAAGUUUUCACAGGAGGAGGAGUCAUUCCCUGGGGAUAAAACUGCGCACAGAGAAUCAGGCGCUCAGAGUGAAGUGAGCCAACAGAGCAGAAACCAACCAGAGAAAAAGUCCAAACCAACCAGAAAACAACAGCUUGACUGGCUCCAUCUCAGGAUGACAAUCCUUCUCUUGUCCUUCCUCUUCCUCUCGUCUUUGGUGUCCAUCAUGGCGGCUGCUGAACCUGCUGGCUGUAAAAUCCGGAUCACUGACAAAGGCUUAGAGAUGUUAAAGUUUGAGACUCAGAAGUUUGUAGAAGAGGAACUCAGUAACAUUAGCAUGCCAGAGAUGAAGGGGGAAGAAGGACGUUUCCAUUACACCAUCACUGAUGUGAAGAUUACAGAACUGAAUCUGAGCCAUGCUGAUCUGCGAUUUAUCCCUGACGUUGGUUUGUUGUUCGAUGUGCAGAACUCCUCCAUCUCCCUGAGCUUCCAGCGACGCAUCCUCUACUGGUUCUUCUAUGACACCGGAAACAUCAACGCAUCGGCUGAAGGAGUGAACAUCAACACAGGUGUGAACCUGAUCAGAGAUGAUGAAGGACGACUAAAGAUCAACAACAUCAGCUGUGACGCCAAAAUCAAGAAAAUGAGGGCGGAGUUCAGCGGGACGCUGGGGAGAGUUUAUGACUUCCUGGCCCGAUUUCUGACCACAGGGAUGCGCUUCUUCCUCAACCAACAGAUCUGCCCAGCUCUGAAUCAUGCUGCUAUGGUUCACGUGAACUCCUUGUUGGAGACGAUCCCUGUGAGGACAGAGGUGGAUCAGUACAUUGGGAUUGAUUAUUCUCUGAUCAAUGAUCCUGUGGUGACGUUACGGAGCCUCGACAUGAACUUCAGGGGGAUGUUCUUUGACCUGUCCCAUCAGAACAUCCCGCUGGUAAACUAUGCUGUGGAACCGGUCAUCAGGGAGUAUGACCGGAUGGUGUAUCUAGCUCUGUCUGAGUUCUUUUUUGACAGCGGGAUGUUCUCUUACUACUCUGCUGGAAUCUUCCAAAUGCACAUCGUCAAUGAGAAGAUGCCCAAAGAUCUGGAGGUUUUGCUGCGGACAACAUAUUUUGGAGCUAUCAUGAUGUUGAAUCCAGCUCUGGUGGACGCACCACUAUCCCUGCAGUUUGCUGUCAACUCGCCCCCAAAAACCUUUAUCAAAACAUCUGGAGCAACUGUUGUCAUGACAGCCAUCGUCAAGGUGAUGGUUCUGCCUCCAGGUCAGCCUCCGGUCCAGCUCAGCAGUAUGACCAUGGAAGCUAAAUUUAAUGCAAAAGUCUCAAUGAGUGGAAAACGUCUGGCUGUCCAUGCGGAUCUACGCAGGUUUAAAAUCUUCUCCAAUCAGUCAGCCCUGGAGUCUCUGGCUCUGAUUCCUCUGCAGGCUCCUUUGAAGACCAUGUUGCAGAUGUCCGUGGUUCCUCUCAUCAACAACUGGACCAAGAGGGGAGUCCGGAUCCCGCUGGCCGAUGGGAUGGAUUUCAUCGAGGAGGUGGUGGAGUAUCACAAUGGUUUCAUCGUGAUUGGAGCCAACCUUCACUUCAGCAAAGGUCUGAGGGAAAUGAUGGCUGGGAGCAGUGACAUCGAGCCAACCACCAGUACCAGCACUGUUUAAGUAAAUGCAUAAAGAAAUGGACCAGGAAGCUAGGACAUUAUGACCACCUGUUUACUGUUUUACUCCCAAAAUACCUCUCAGCCAUCAGUGGAGGGCAUCACCAAACCCAGUGGAUAGUCAAAUGUAACCAAUGGACCUGCUGUCACCAUACUGGUUCUGUGAGUUCUCUGUGUGUGUGUGUAGGGGCUCAUUUUUAUAUGACAUAGUCAGCUCAGUUAAUCAGUGUGACAACCACCUGAAGAGGUUUAAAGAUGAACUCAACUGUUUGACUAGAUCUUUGAACCAUAGACUGCAGAAAUGUACAUAUAGGUAACCAAUCUGAGCGACUGUAACUGUCAGUGGUCAUAAUCUUCUGGAUGACGGCUAAACUUUAAAUAUCCAUAAAUGAUGUAAAUAUAGAUACAGUGAGCAAAGUGUGCUGAGGUGAUCCAACCAGAGCAGCUGAAGAUUGUUUUACAGACAGAGAUGUCCUGAAGAUAAGAAACAAGCUUUCCGAGUCACCAUGAAAACAUCACAAUACUGACAGUGUCCAGAGUGAAGCUAUUUUAUUUAUUCACAAACCAGAGCUUCUUUCUAACUCCACAUUCAACCUCCCAGCAGGAUUGAGCCUGACUGAAGGAAGGAGCUAAACUGUAGCUGUCUGAAGGCAAAGAUGGCGACUUGAGUUUGAAGCUCCGACUUGAGUCGCACUUGAGUCACAAGAUAAAAGUCUUCAGACUCAACGUAGACUCGUGCCGUAUAGACUUGAGACUGGAUUUGGACUUGACUGAACAUAUCUGGCUCCAGGUUUCUACACAGUUUUUCUCCCAAAUGAAAGCAAAAUCAAAAAAUCUGUUUAAUCCACAAAAGUAGUCAGAAGAUAGAUUAGUUGAUGUCACAGUUGAGUGUUGUUGCAGAUCACAAAGGAUCAGUUAGAGUCAAAGAGGUCAAACUCAGCAGCUGUCACAGACAGUCAGACAAAUGCAAACAACAAAAUAGCAGAGAUAGGAGAAACACACAAAGGAGCAGCAUGAGUUUGCUCUGCAUGUACAUACAUGUACAUACAUGUACAGUCACACGAUGUGUUCAAGUGGAAACACAACAUGUGUUUGUGCAUCAUCGUCUCUGAAGUGGCUCAUCAUAUCUUAGAUGAGACGUGACGUUUCCUGAUAAUCAGAUAGAUGAUGGAUACAUCCUGCCUUCUGAUUGGAUGAAGUCUCACAAGUGACCAAAAACCUGAAAGCUCUGUUGUGGAUCAGGGGCUGUCCACCUUCCAACUGUUGAUGUGCGAAUGCUCCAGGAAAUGGAGCAUUUCAACUGUUACUAAGUGGUUCAGGCAUGCGUACCUUGCCUUUUUUGAUCACUCCCAGGUAAUGCUUCUGCUUAGAAAUAUGAUCCAAGCCCAAGCUAAGGCCUAAUGUAUUAUCAGACACUACAUGUUUCUCCCAAACACUGAAUUAAUGUCACCAUAAUGGUUCCUGUGUGGUACCUAUGUAAUAUCGAUAGGUCUCCAUCAACAAAACCUCAUUGUUCAUUUUAUUUCAAAUCAAAAGUCCUAUUUUAUUUAGAUCUUCAAUUUUGGGGUCAACUAAUUUACUAAGAUCCUAUUUGAGGUCUAUGCACACAUUAUUUUAAGUAUUUUACACUAGGCAAACUAAACCUAUUACCGAAUUAGACCAAAUUCUCUCAGCUGGGCUCCUUCCAACCACAUCUACUCUUCAUUCACCUUUCAUGGAUAAACAUCCAUGUACAAAUUAAUUUAUUAAAAUCACAUUAUGAUAAAGACGUGAACUUCAAAUUUACUUUCUCCAGAGAUAUUUGUAUCAGAAAUAUAUCUGGACAGAAAAUGAUUUAAACAGCAGCACCUUCACUUUAAAGGAUUGUAAGUCUGACUUCUCAGAAGUAGAAAAAGUAAUUCAAGAUUUGUUUCAGAUGUCAGAUUUGUGUACUUUUACAGCUACUUUAUCUUGUGCUAGUUUAUUAAUUUUGCUCAGUUAAAGUUUUCUAUUUGCUCUAACAAAAGAAAUUCUCAUAGUUUUCAUUAAUAUUGACACAAACAUCAUAACAGGUUAACCUGGAUAAACUCCACCCAACUCUUCAAAAAUAACAGCCUUUAAGCUGGUAAUGAACAUUCUUUGUAUUAAGCCCACAUUUCUAUAUUAAAAUAGUUUUUUAUUGCUCUGGUGUACUAUUCUAAUCUUACAUGUCAUUUUUUCAUUGGCUGGAAGCAAAAAAUCCUCAUAAUUAACAUAAAUAAAGGCUUGAAAACAUC